GCUCAGAUCAAACAUCAUGGCAGGAAACAAGUCCAAGUUAGGCGAUGAUUUCGUUGACACUUGUAUGUUCUGCUUGAUAGCAAACGACAAAGACGAAGAAACUACAGUCAUCAAGCAGAAUGAAGAACUGGUGUGUUUCAGAGAUGUUUGUCCUGCUGCUCCUCACCACUACUUGGUCAUCCCCAGACAGCAUAUUAUCAGCUGCCGCUCACUGAACAGGAGACACAUUAGCCUCGUUGAAAGGAUGGCUGAACUGGGAGAAGCUGUACUCCGUGACCAAGGGAUCGCUGAUAUGAAAGAUAUAAGGCUGGGGUUCCAUCAGCCUCCGUUCAUCUCAGUAGACCACCUGCACCUACAUGUGCUGGCCCCAAGCAGACAGAUCUCAACAAACUUUGAGUACAAAUUCCUUCCCGGGACUGACUCUUUUGUUACAGUUCAGUCCCUAAAGAAUCGUCUAGAGAAAAUCGCCCCCCCAGGAGUACAGAGUUAUUUUGGAAGUUGUUUUGGUCAGAAGCUCCCAAAAUCUAUUUGAAUUGACUCCUGAUAAGUUUGCAAAACAACAACAGCUUCAGUGUUGUGAAUCCUGGGAACUGUGGAGAUGUCAUUACCCAGAGUGCACUGAACAAAAUUCAAUCUGGUUGUGUUUUGUUUGUGCACUGAAUGUAUUCUAUGCAUUUUUUUUUUUAUUUUUAUGUACAAUUACAGUGCCUAAAAGGUAUUGACACACUUGGUGUUUUUCUUGACUUGAAAUUCAAAUGCUUUUGAAUUGGUAUUUUAUGUAAAAAAAAAAAAAAUUUUGAAUAAAGUAAUCUAAAUCAGUAAGAUGGAAUUUAAAAAAAAAAAGGAAAAAGAAAGCAUGGUAAAUGGAUAGUUUGU